AUGUCCUGGUUCUUGCCAGUUCCACCGUUCCGAUCCAGAGGCGGUCACUUUUCUGCACAUGAGCUAGGCAACCAACAGCACUCCGCACGACACAACAGCGCUUCCAGAGUUAUUGAAGCCUACAAAAAGGAACCCAGGGGUCAGCAGACUGCACAGUUUCCAAGCCAAGCCUUCGUUCCCCGACCGGCAUGGCCUCGGAGGCACGAAAACGCAUCCCGGCGUUGGUUCUUGUGGUUGGAACGACUUUGCCAGGAAACCCUCACCUCUGAAGACUCUGGUUUCCGGACAGCUGAAGAGACGGAGGAGGAAUGGGCAACAGAAGCUCAGAGGCUCAUCCAAAGAUACCGACGAGCCCAUGACUUCGAGGCCACCCGAGAUUCCCAGAAGUCCUGUCGCUUGAAGCGCCCCUUUGAAACUUUGGAGACGGCUUUUCAGGUGACCUGUCAGGUGAUGAUUGCCUUGCUCUCCCCGAGGGUUCACCCUUGGAUGAGAAGAUUGUCAGCUUGCCUUCGCAGCUAUCCAGAGGUGCUGCCUUCUCCAGCCUUCUCCGUCUUGGUCUCUGGUUUUCAUGCGAAGCUGGUCUUGGAUGUCUGA